AAUUACUAACCCGAUUUACAGCUAACUAAAUCCGGAAGUAUAUCGUUUCCGCAAGGAGAGACGGGGACGGGCGGAGAAAGGCGAGGAGGGACAGAAAUCGAAGAAAGUGACAAGGGGAUUGAAUUGGAUUGCGAUUGAUUCAUACGCCUCACACCGUGUUCCUCCUCUUGCCCCAAAUCCCUAACCUUGCAAUCGGAUCCCGGGUCCGGAGUCCACCCUGCAGUCGUUAUCCGCGAAGAAGUUUAUUCAAUCGUGUCGUAAUAAAACCCUACGGCGUUGGCCGUCCUCCACCCCUUGGAAUCGCAGCUCAAUCCUGAUCGACCCAUCCCGCCGGAUAAGAGGAGGAGGAGCAGGAGUUGGAUCGAAGCGUUGGAAUGGCCGCCACCGCAUAGGAUGGAGCUGGAUUCAUCCGGCGGCUGUUCGGGCGCUCCCGCGGAUGCUGUGAUCGUCGCGAUUGGGGUGGGGCUUGGAUCUGGGGGUGGCGCGGCGGGCAGGAGAUCUCCCCGAGCAGCAAUAAGAGCUGCGGAGUAGCUGGGUGAGUAUGGAGGAGAGUUGCAGCAGCAGCAGCAGCAGCAGCAGGCAGGAGGACGCGGCGCCGCCGUGGGUGCCCGGCGAGGCCACGGCGUUCCGACGUUUUGCGUCUGCCGCGGCUUCGGGGCGGUCGCCGGAGGUGUCCCCGUCGGCGUCGGGCAAUGGGGUUGCCGCCCAUGUAAGCAGCCUCCACGGCGUCAGGAGGAAACCGUUUGUUGCAAGAUUAACAGCAGACAUCAUUCAAACUUUUGAACAAUGCAACCCUGAGUUUAAGUAUUCAGAGGCACUAAACCCGAAACGCUUUCUCACCAAUCCCUCUACCCCAGCCCACAAUGAUGGGCUUGAUAAUGCAAAUUGGGAUCUCAUACUGUAUGUCAACUUGGAAUUGGUCAAUAAGAUGUCAAACCGGAGGUUCAUCGUCAAGGAAAUGCUUGGCCAGGGAACGUUUGGUCAAGUUGUCAAAUGCUGGGAUACAGAAACCAACGACUAUGUUGCCGUGAAGGUUAUAAAAAACCAGCCUGCAUUUUACCAUCAGGCUAUCAUGGAGGUUUCACUGUUAAGAACGCUAAAUCAGAGAUUUGAUCCUGAUGAUCAGCAUAACAUUGUCCGUAUGCUAGAUUAUCUCUCAUUCCAAAAUCACCUGUGUAUAGCCUUUGAAAUGCUUGGUCAAAAUCUGUAUGAACUAUUGAAAAGGAACCAUUUAAGAGGUCUGAAAGUGAAAUAUGUGCAGGCCUUCUCAAAACAGAUAUUGGAUGCCAUGGUUGUGAUGAGAAAUGCUGGCAUCAUUCAUGCUGAUCUCAAGCCAGAAAAUAUCCUCUUAGCUCCCAGUGUCGCAACAGCUGCAGCAGUGAAAGUUAUUGAUUUUGGAUCAGCAUGCCUGGAGGGUAAAACAGUUUACUCAUACAUCCAGAGCCGCUAUUACAGGUCUCCUGAGGUUCUCCUUGGCUAUCCAUAUACUACUGCGAUUGAUAUGUGGUCAUUCGGUUGCAUAGUUGCUGAACUAUUUAUAGGUUUGCCAUUAUUUCCUGGAGCAUCAGAAUACGAUGUGCUCCAACGAAUGAUGAAGAUUCUUGGGGGGCAACCACCAGAUGACCUGCUAAGGGAAGCUAAAAACACUGGAAGAUUUUUUAAACAUGCUGGAAGUAUUUAUCCUGGUAGCGAGGCACCUGAUGGUCUUGCCAGUGCGUACAGAAUGUUAAUUGAAGAGGAAGUGGAAGCAAGAGAAUCCAAGAGGCCAAAUGUAGGGAAGUGGUAUUUCCCACACCUAAAGCUUGACAAACUCAUACAUACCUAUCCUUGGAACAAUUCAGAAUUUACAGAGACAGAAAAAACAGAUCGCUUGGCAUUAGUUGAUUUCUUGAAAGGGCUUCUUGAAUUUGAUCCAAAUAAGCGAUGGUCACCGUUGCAGGCUCUAUGCCAUCCAUUCAUAACAGGUGAACCGUUCAACGGUCCAUAUGAGCCUGCCCCUGAGACUGCAAGAAUUCCUGUCGCUCGUGUUGCAGCAGUUGAUCACAAUCCUGGAGGUGGCCACUGGCUACAUACAGGUCUUUCCCCUCAGGUUGGAAGUAUGAAUAGAUGUAUACCUCUGAAUAAUGCCUAUCCUCCAAAGAUGCCGUUUUCUUAUGGGAGUAGUUACGGAAGCUUUGGUAGCCAUGGUAGCUAUACUGGUAAUGCUGGUCUUUCUAGCAGCUACGGAAGCAUUGGUGAUGUGAAUACUAUCAACAUGUAUUACUCACCCUUAGGUCCAUCUGGAUUUACACAAGUUGGCUCUAGUCCAGAUAUUAGACUAAGACCUCGUGUCGCACAUGAUAGAGGCAUUCGAUUAAGCCCUGGCAGUCUGGGCCCUAUGUCUCUUGGUGCCAGUCCAUCGCAGUUUACCCCACCAAACUACCAGAUGCAAAUCCCAGCUAAUUCUACUGGGAAGCAUGGAUCCGGUUCUCCUGCAAGUGGAGGCAUCCAUGGCUCCCCAUUGGGAAAAGCUGCCCCAGCAGGCCCAUACAGCAACCGGAGGAACUUGCCAAUGCCACCACAUGAAUAUGCAUCUCAGCAUGGACAAGGAUGUUAUGGAGAUGGUGUCAGUUUUAGUCAUUCUGAUUACUAUGUUCGAGGACAUACCGGCUACUCUCAGAAUGCAGGACUGAGUUCUGGUCAUUCUAGUUGGAGACCACAAAUAGGUUCCAGGAGUGGUUUUUCCAUGGAGGCCUCGUCUAGUCAUGGGCCUUCACAUGCCUUCCGUUCACAGGCAGCUCAUUCACACUCGUUUGACUUCUCACCAAAUACAUCAGCUCCAUCAGCGCUUGAUCCUGCUGACUGGGACCCUAAUUAUAGUGACGAGUCACUAUUGCAAGAAGACAGUUCACUGUCAGAUGAUCUAAGUAGCAGUCUUCACCUUGGAGAUGCAACUGGCCAAGCGAGCCGGUUUACCAGAUCAGCAAAUGUCCAAGGCCACAUGUUUGCAGUAUCGAACCCUUUACCAACAAACAGAAGUUACAAAGGAGAUCAAUUAUUUCACACGUCCUCUCAAGGAGGAAGUGCUCAUUCCAGUGUUCCAAUCAACUACGGUGGUUACAACCCUCCAAAUUAUCCUCAGCAAAAUCUCCCUGCUCGUCAUGGACCACCAUUCUUUCAGCAGCGAUACAACCAGGCAACUUCCAGUAACAUGCGGCCGAUGGGGAACCAUCACAACGGGCAGUCUGAGUGGUCUAGUAGUUAUGGCAUGGGUGAUCGAGCGCCUUGGGGAGGAAUGGGUGGGCAGUCGUUUACCACAAGCGGGCUACCUUCAUCUCUUGCAAGAAAGGAUUAUGGGAGCAUCUUUUAGCAUGAACCGGAGGAAUGACAUUGAUUCAUUGCUGGCGUAAAUUAUUUGUACUUGCGAAUUCGGAGUUGCGAUGUUUCUGGCAAUUGAUUGUUUUCAAAUGUUGUUGCACCCAUUCCUCCAUUUGGUCCAUUGUGGAAGACUAGACUCCGGAUACAUUUGAUAUGAAUAGAUAAUUAUAGCAUUCCUU